GCCUCUGCUUUAACCCUUUGGUGGCUGGAGUCUGUAUUGAGCCCGUCAGAGAUAAGGUACCAGGUUUGGUGGGAGGAGGAGGAUCGGUUCCUCCGGGACGCUACCCCGGAGUCCCCCGGGGUCAGCCUGGGGGAGUGGAGAAGGGACUGGGUGCUUGCCUCCCAGGGAGCUAGAGGGAGAGAGUGGGAAGGGUCGCCAAGCCCCCUGCCCCCGGCAGACACUGCUUCUCCCACCCGAGGUUCCAGCUGUCUUUAAGGCUGGGAGGUUGGCGAGUAAACGAGCCUAGAUCAUUGGAUCUGGAAGGACCUUAGGAGGGCACACCUUCCGGUUACAGAUGGGUAAAUUGAGGCUCAGAGCGGUAGUUUGGGUCCACGGCAUUCAUACCCCUAGCCUAAUGACUUUCCCUUAAUGAGCUCCAUUGGCUCGUCGAACCUGUAAGGUCUCCCCUGCCAUUUUAGGGCACUUGGGGGUCCCACCCUGAAUUUAAGCUACGUUGAGGGCAGGGAGAGUAGAUGUAGAGUGGAAAGGAACUUGGAGAACGUCUCGACCAAACCCCCAUAUUAAUACCAGCGAGCAAUCUGAGCUAAUGGGAAUUGUCGAACUCGCACUUGAUGGUCGUCCUUCAUUCUCCGAAGAGGACCAUUGACAUCCCGGCGUGGCCAAAGUCCUCAGCCUCACAGUCUCUAGCAAUCCUACCCACUCUGGCGCGUCACCAUGUUUGUUAUUUGGAUGGACCUUGUCCAUUGACUAAGGGAUCCUGGCCUGGCCUAAAACACUCCUGUUAGGAGGUGCUUAAUUAACGUCUGCUGAUGGAGUUCAACGCGAGGGAGGAGGAGCAUCUCCGCUCCCCAAGGACCGGCAGCUCUUAGCACAGUGUAAAUGCUUGUUGACUGUCUGGUCCCACUUCCUCUUUUCACAGCUGACUUCAAGCACCCAGUCCUGGACUCCUUGCGGCGGAUCUUCCCCCACCCCCACCUCCAUCCCCAGCAUCUGACCGUAAAGUCCGGAAGCUGUUUUGAGUUUUUAUUUGAAUUCAAAAAUAUUUACCAAGCCAGCUGCCUCCUGUAUAAUGAUAAGAAUGAAGCCCCUUCCUGUUCUGACCAGAAUGUUCCUCCCGUAUGCAAGCGCUUUAAAAAAUUAAAUAGAUCCUAUCAAUGAAUGAACGCCAGCUUGGAAGGGUCCUUAAGAGAUUGUAGAGUCAGGUGCUCAUCAUUUUACAGAUGGGGAAAUUGAGGCCCAGAUGGAAAUGUGCCUUGCCCAAGUCAGUGGCAGAGCCAGGUCUAGCAACCAUGUGGAGGUAGUAGGGUAAUGAUCACCGGGAAACUCAUCAUCCAGAUCAAGAGGAAGCUGGGAAAUGGGGAAGGACAACAUGGUAACACUCUCUCCCCUGCCUCCAGGAUGCCUGAGGGCCCCGAGCUCUACUUGGCCAGCUGCUAUGUAAAUAGCAUGUGCAAGGACUUGGUGUUUGCAGGUCCGGUGGAGAAGUCGGAAGUGAGCCGAAACCCCGAGGUGCCCUUUGAGAGCAGCGCCUACCGUAUCUCGGCCACCUCUCGGGGCAAGGAAGUACGGCUCACACUGAGCCCACUGCCCAAGGCCCACCCCCCACAAGAACCUCUGGACCUUGUGUUCCGCUUUGGCAUGUCCGGCUCCUUUCAGCUGGUCCCAGCAGAUGCUCUGCCCAAACACGCCCACCUGCGCUUCUAUACAAUCUCUCCUGCGCCCCGCCAAGCACUCUGCUUUGUGGAUGUCCGGCGCUUUGGCCACUGGGAGGUCCAGGGAACUUGGCAGCCUGGCCGAGGCCCCUGUGUUCUUCAGGAGUAUGAGAAGUUCAGGGAGAAUGUACUCCAGAAUCUGGCUAACAAGACCUUCGACAAACCCAUCUGUGAAGCUCUCUUGGAGCAGCGAUUCUUCAAUGGCAUUGGCAACUACCUCCGGGCAGAGAUUCUCUACCGGCUAAAGAUCCCUCCCUUUGAGAAGGCCCGAACUGUCUUGGAGGCAUUGAAGCAUCGGAGGCAGGACCCAGAGCUGACCUUGAGCAAGAAGAUCAAGGCAAAACUAGAGAACCCAGACUUGCUGGAAUUGUGCCAUUCGGUCCCCAUGGAGGUGAUCCAACUAGGAGGUAAAGGUUAUGGACCCGACAGGGAGGAGGAUGAUUUUGCAGCUUUCCGGGCAUGGCUCCGCUGCUACUCUGUGCCUGGCAUGAGCUCCCUCCAGGACAGGCAUGGCAGGACCAUUUGGUUCCAGGGAGAUCCUGGACCUCUGGCCCCCAAAGGAAGGACAUCCCGUAAGAAGCGUGUGAAGGAAAAAUCCAACCCUGAGGUUACUGAUUUAGAGGACUCUGUGCCUGUGCCAAAGAAGAAAGGCCCCAACAGAGCAAGGAAGCCAGGAAAGAAGAAGCCACAGAAAGAAUCUGAGCCAGAAGCCAAGGGAAAGGUGGGCUCCACUAGAGGACCCAAAUCCAAGCCCCAGUUGAAGGCCUCUGCUCCAACAUCCCCUGGGGACAAGCCAGGAGUUCUGGAAGGAAAACAGAGGCCCAUGAUCCGAAAACGAACAGGCAGCACCAGGAAAAGGAAAGCCAAUUCCAAGGCCAGUGGCUCUCCGUCUUCCUUUCUGCCCCUCUCCCAGAAAGGGGAUGUUGCCCUUGGAUCGUCUCCUGCCUGAAGUCUUCUUUCAGCCCAGGGUGGCCAAAGAUCUCCUGUUCCUAGUCUUGCCCAAUGAUGGGGAUGGGAAGGUGGGCCACCCCAGAGCCCUCAGCAAUGGCUAUGGGUCUAGAUGGAAGAGGCUGCGAUGCUUUUCAUGAUUCACAGACACUUUUCUUGGGUCCACACAGAGUCCUGCCCAAAAGGUUCCAUCUAACCAAAGUCUGAAAACAAUGGACUUUUGUGGGUGGGGGCAAUGGAUGGGUGUCGGGAGGGGCAGGGAUGGAACCCAGAUGCCUUCCCCCAUGUCAAUCAGGUGUCCUAGUGCCUUGUCCUCUGCUCCUCCCACCAGCAGGGCUGGCAAUCUGGGAUGAUUUUAGAGUCUUAAACCAGAGUUUGGGAGAUGCUAUAUUUUUUAUAUUGACAAUAAAAUCUGACUAGAAAUGC